UCUCACAACGCUUCGCUGAACGUACUCGCUCUCCCAACAGGGAGCUUACCUAACACACAACCAUCAUGACUUAACUCCACAUUGUGACUGGCUAGUAUCCUCCAUUGGUUGGAAAGGAAGGAAGGAAGGAGAGGAGAAUGCUGACUUCUGUUUGGACAUAUAAUGGAAGGAAAUAUAGCACACAACGUCUGUCCUAAAUCACUCGGAUGGCUUCAGCGACAAGAUAAGGAUGCAAAGCCCUGGCUCUGGAAAUUUUCUAAUUGCUUUUCAACUCCUGAACAGAAUUUCCCCCUUGCUGCAACAACGAACAAGUCCAUGGAGAGCAAGAAAGCUCCUAUAGAGUUGAAGGAAGCCCCCCCAGCUCACCACCCUCCUCUGCAGCCCUUUGCAGCUGUGCCCCUCCCCGACGUCCACUCUCUCCAGCCAAAGCAAAUCCAACUCUCGCCCAACCCUAAAGUAAGCUGCUGUUCUCAUGGCUCUGAUCCCUCCCCUCGGGUCCCUCAGUUGCACUUUGGUGGCGGCGGCGGCAACAUCGGUGGUGGCGGUAACAGCAGCGGCGGCGGCUUGAUUCACCCCGGGACGGUUUUAAACGCCCCCGGCACUGGGACAAUCACCUGGCAGAUAGGGUCAGAGUUGGCUUGCCCGUCCUCUUCUAUUUCGCUCAAGAACGGCCCGGCGAGAAGCAACAUGGCCGGCACGUGCCGGGAAAACCCUGUCCCUCCGUGCCCUCACUUUUCCUGCUGCGGGAAACUCCACUUCCAAGCCUGUCACGGUAACCUGCACAAACUGCAUCCGUUUCCCCCCCAUCCGGGCUGCACGACUCCGGGCUAUUUUUCCUGUUCUGAAUUCAGUGGGGCGGCGGGACUCUCGGAGGAGCACCUGGCCCAGCCAGAGCGCAUGCCUUGCGUUUGCACCAACUCGCUGCACCUCAAGGUUUCACCUCCCCUUUGCUUGAAGGGCUCUCACCACUGCACGGAGUGUCUCAGCAAGUCCCAAGAAAAUUUAGUAGAAGCCGCUAAAAUGUGGCCGGAUAUUCCUCCUCCCAACGCCCAGGUGGCGCCCCUCUCUCUCCCAAUGUGCAACGGCUGUGGAACCAAAGGAACAAGGAAAGAGAAGAGCCUUCUCUUGGCCAGUAGCUUUGGCCAGCUGACUCCCAAACAUGGCUCUCCAGAAAUUACGAUCUCGAACCAGUUACUGGAAAACUUGCCUCCCAUUGGGGUCUUCUGGGAUAUCGAGAAUUGUUCAGUCCCGUCCGGUCGUUCCGCCGUGACGGUGGUCCAGCGCAUCCGCGAAAAGUUUUUUAAAGGCCACCGAGAGGCCGAGUUCAUUUGCGUGUGUGACAUCAGCAAGGAGAACAAGGAAGUUAUUGAAGAGCUGAACAAUUGCCAGGUGACUGUUGCGCACAUCAAUGCCACAGCCAAGAAUGCUGCCGACGACAAACUCCGGCAAAGCCUUAGGAGAUUUGCCGAUACCCAUGCUGCACCAGCCACUGUAGUGCUUGUCUCAACCGAUGUCAACUUUGCCCUGGAACUCAGCGACUUGAGGCACCGCCACGGUUUCCACAUCAUCCUGGUUCAUAAAAACCAAGCUUCGGAAGCCCUCUUGCACCACGCCCACGAGCUCAUCCGAUUUGAAGAAUUUAUUUCAGAUUUGCCUCCAAGAUUACCCUUGAAGAAAACAGCGUGUCAUACUCUGUUAUAUGUUUACAACCUGCCCACCAACCGAGAUAGCAAAAGCGUCUGCCUGAGGCUUCGGCGUCUGUCGGACAAUUGCGGCGGGAAAGUCCUGACCAUCUCUGGCAGCGGCGCGAUCCUCCGUUUCCUCAGCCAAGAUAGCGCCGAGCGAGCCCAGAAGCGGAUGGAGAACGAGGACGUCUUUGGCAACAGGAUAACCGUGUCUUUCACCCCCAAAAACCGAGAGCUGGCAGAAGCCAAAAACUCAGGCUCUUCCGUGGCCGACAAGGCCAAGUCUCCCAAGAAAGUCAACCGAAACGCGAAGUUGUGUCUGAUGAGCAGAAUGGCCAACGAUUCAUCGUCCACCACCAAGGCUGUGGCCUCAAAAGGCCCUCAAGGACACGGGUCCAUUCCCAAAAACACCGCUGUUAAAAGCUUACAGGAACUGUGCCGCCUUGAAUCCAAAACGGGAAGAAGCUCUGAACACCGCCAAGACCAGCUAAAAGAGGGAGUUCCUUCAUCGCACAGCAGUUCUACCACGGCAAGCUCCGUAUCCACCCAGGCCACCAGGAAGGCUGGAGCGGGAGAACCUGCUCACAAUAAAAACAAGAAAGAGACGAUGGCAGCCAGAAGCAUGAACAGUUCCCCGGUGGAAAAGAAGGAAAAGGAUAACGCCUUUCAAGUCAGCUUCCCUUCAGCUUUCAGCCUGCUGACGGCCUCCAGACAGCACAGUCCCAUUCUGAUCUCUCAGAGUUGUUGGUCCUCAAGGAGCGUGUCUCCAAACAUCUCGAACAGGUCUUCUCCGCUCACUUUGAACGUCACAAAUCCUUCCAGCCAUACAGACUGCCCAGAUCCAUUUGCAAAUGGAGCAGACAUUCAGAUUAGCAAUCUGGAUUACCGGCUUUCCCGAAAAGAGCUGGUACAAACUUUACAGGAUACCUUCACUAAACACGGCAAGGUAAAGAAUGUAGAACUUAGUCCUCACACCGAUUAUCAAUUGAAGGCUGUCGUUCUGAUGGAGAACCUCCAAGAGGCCAUCACUGCGGUCAACAGCUUGCACAGAUACAAAAUUGGUAACAAGCGGAUCCAGGUCUCCUUAGCCACUGGAGCUGCCAGCAAAUGCCUGGCAAUGAUUAGUUCAGAAGCAAUAUCUAUUCUUCAGGAUGCCCCAGCCUGCUGCCUCCCGCUUUCCAAAUUCACUGAGAUUUACGAGAAAAAGUUCGGACACAAGCUGAAUGCGUCGGACUUGCACAAGUUAACGGACAUCGUAGCGAUCCGCGAUCAAGGCAACGGUCGCCUGGUGUGCCUCUUGCCCAGCAGCCAAGCGAGGCAGAGCCCAUUGGGAUCUUCCCAGUCUCACGACGGCUCCUCUGCUAACUGCAGCCCUGUCAUCUUCGAAGAACUGGAGUAUCAUGAGCCUGUCUGCAAACGGCAUUGCGUGAAUAAAGAAUUCAGCGAACACGACUUUGAUCCCGACUCCUACAAAAUCCCCUUUGUGAUUCAUUCGCUGAAGGCGUUUGCUCCUCAAGUCCAUAGCUUGUUGCAGACCCACGAGGGGACAGUACCACUACUCAGCUUCCAAGACUGUUAUGCUUCGGAAUUUAACAGUCUAGAAAUGGUUGAGGAAGGCCAUGGAGGCGUCCCUCUGGAGCACCUUAUCUCCUGCGUUCCCGGCAUUAAUAUUGCUACGGCACAAAAUGGCAUCAAAGUUGUAAAAUGGAUACACAAUAAGCCGCCACCUCCUACCACAGAGCCUUGGCUGUUGCGUUCAAAGAGUCCCGUGGGCAACCCACAACUCAUCCAGUUCAGUAGAGAAGUGAUUGACCUCCUUAAAAACCAGCCCUCCUGUAUUGUAUCCGUCAGCAAGUUCAUCCCGAUGUACCACCACCAUUUUGCCAAGCAAUGCCGCGUGUCCGAUUAUGGGUAUUCCAAGUUAAUAGAGCUGCUGGAAUCGGUGCCUCACGUCCUGCAGAUUCUCGGGAUAGGAACCAAGCGUUUGUUGACCUUAACACACAGGGCUCAAGUGAAGCGAUUCACUCAAGACUUGCUAAAGCUUCUGAAGUCCCAGGCCAGUAAGCGAGUUGUGGUCAAAGAAUUCUUACAUGCUUAUCACUGGUGUUUCUCGAAAGAUUGGGACGUCACAGAAUACGGAGUGUGUGAAUUGGUGGAUCUAAUAUCCGAAAUUCCCGACACGACGAUUUCUUUGUCUCAGCAAGAUAAUGAAAUGGUCAUUUGUAUCCCCAAGAAAGAACGUACCAAGGAAGAGAUUGAACGGACGAAGCAGUUCUGCAAAGAAGUGAUCGAUCUGCUACGCCACCAGCCCUACUUCCGUAUGCCUUUCAACAAAUUCAUCCCGUCCUACCACCAUCAUUUUGGGCGCCAGUGCAAACUGGCACAUUACGGAUUUACCAAACUACUUGAACUUUUUGAAGCCAUACCUGAUGUCUUACAGGUCCUAGAAUGCGGUGAGGAGAAAAUCCUGACGCUAACCGAGACAGAACAAGUCAAAGCUUUAGCUGCCCAGUUUGUUAAGCUGCUCCGUUCCCAGAAGGAGAAAUGCCUCCUGAUGGCAGACGUCCUGGCGGAAUACGCCAAAACGUUCGGCUACCCAUUGCGUCUCCAGGACUACGAUGUUGGCUCCGUUCCGGCUCUGAUGCAGAAACUUUGCCACGUCAUCAAAGUGGCAGAUACAGAAUCUGGGAAACAGCUUCAGCUGAUCAAUAAAAAAUCCCUCCGGACUCUCACUUCCCAUCUUCUGGUGCUUCUCAUGACCCUGGAUGAAGUCACCAUGGUUUCCGUUAAGGAGUUGAAGAGGCGUUACGAGGUUGUCCAGGGGACUGUCCUUAACCCAUGUGAAUAUGGCUUCAUGACCUUUAUCGAGCUUCUGAUGAGCGUGCCUUAUUUUAUCGAGGUUUUUAUUGAUGGUGGUGCAGAAUAUGUGAAGCUUACAGACUUGUAUAUUUUUGCCAAGAAAGUGAGACUCUUGCUCCAUACCUACCACUACCAACAGAUCUUCCUCCAUGAGUUCCCAACAGCCUACAGCAAAUACACAGGGGAAGCCCUUCAUCCCAAUACCUAUGGCUACAAUAACCUUGAGGAACUUCUAGGCGCCAUUCCAUCGGUAGUAUGGAUAAAAGGCCACGGCCAUAAGAGGAUUGUGGUUCUGAAGAACGACAUGAAAACUCGUUUUAGCUCUCCCAGUCUUCCCCUGGCUGACGAAAAUGACGAAAAUGAACUUGCCGAUGGUGACAGACAAUCCACAAAGGCAGCAAGAAUGGACAAAUCCUUAGAUUUAAUUCUGGAAGCACCCAACAUUGUCUCUAGUCAAACCGAGGAGGAGCUGCUGUGCCUCACCAACGCAUCACCCGUGGAUCUUUUAUGCGAACCGGUCCCUUCCUGCCUUCCUUCCCCGCAGCUGAGACCAGAUCCAGUGGUCCUUGAAUCAACAGAUCUCAUCCGUUUCGAAGAGCAUUCACCGAUCCCUUCCGAGAUGGGGCCUGAAGAGGAGAAGGCUGCUGGUCCCUCAGAAGCGAACAAAGAAAUUGGCCACUUCUCCGAAGCAUCUAAAGCUGCAGAAAACAUCUCGGCACCUCCCUCUUCCUCAUCCGAACCUCCAGGGUGCAGAGAAGUCACGGACAGUCCCGCUCGAAAGCAGCCGAAGAGCCGCGUGAAGUUGGCAGCCAACUUCUCAUUUGCACCCGUCACCAAGCUUUAAAUCUCUUCCCCCGGCGUGAAAAGCAUCGUAUCGUUAAAAGACUGCACAGAAAAAUAAAGUCCGCUAUAUUUUUUUUUUUUAAUUUUUAAUCACUCUCUGGAAGGGGGUGUAUCCCCCGCCCCGCCCCCUGACCUGUUUUCUUUAUCACUGUGACUGCCUUCUGUGCAAUCAACGUUGCACACUUUCAACCGAAGUUUAAGCUGGGCAGUUUUUUUUUAUUAUGAUUAUUAUUAUUACUGGAACUUCAAAUAUUUGUUAAGAGCGAUCUAACAUUUUAUCCCCCCACCUUUUUUUUUUUAUUCUGUCCCACGUCGGCAAAAAGCAGAUGCAGGAAACCCUUGGCAGAGAACGGAUUUUAAAAGUUUCCAAUUACCCAAAAGGGGGAUGUCAAAUCUACACAUCGCACCUAAAAAAAAUCUCUCGGCCGUUUCUACUUUGCGACUUUGUUAUCAGGGGCGGGGUGGGAGGGAAAUAACAAUGCAGCGCAUCGUUUGUCGUGCAAAUAUGGCCUCCCGAGAGGAUUUUUUAAAAAAAAAAAAAACAACGGGUCACUUAGAUGGGAAUACACGGUUGGGGGUCUUUAGACUUCGUUAAGGGCAAAACUUGGGAAUUAUUUUUUUUCUUUUUUUCCGAUGACUUGCCAAAAAAACCCCAACCCCCCAUUUUUUAAAAGGCCUUUGUGAUAGUUCAGUUCUGCCGAGGAAAUGUGUAGGAAAUGGUUUUUAAGCUUCCCUUUUAUAAGCGCUGCCGGUGGAUGCUGAUUUGAGAUGAGGUCAAGGGGGGGUGGGCGAACCAUCUCGGGGCCGUGUUUUUUUGGAGGUACCUUCAGUCGCCCCUCCCUCGAGGUGACCGGUGGGAAGGGGGGACGGGACGACACACCGUUGAGAUUUCAGGAGACUAUGCAUCGAAAUGCAUAAAUCAUGGAUCGCGCAAGGCGACGGGAAGGGUUUUUUUUUUAAGGCAGAAAAGGCAAAUGAUGCUUCCGCAGUGCCGAAAUGGGAGCCGGAGGUUAGAAAGGGCCAAGGUUAGUGGCCUAACCUUGUUUGCGAAACUUUUUUAAAAACGUGUAAUAAUUGGGAAGUUUAGUCGUACGCAUCCGGAAAGCGUGUUGUUUCUUUUUUAAAACUGUCUAGUUUUUAUUCCUCCCAGUGCUGAAAAGCUGCUUCCAGUUCUUAUUGGGGUAUUUUUUUGUGGGUGUGUGGCUGUGAUUUGUUGUGGUUGUUGGCUUUUAAACGGACCAGCCUUUACCGAAGAGGUUGAGUCAGUUGGGAUCCUUUUGUCUUCUUUUUAAAGAGAAAGAGAGAAAGACAUUAAAAACGUCUUCCAAAGUUUUAUACCCCUGCCCGGGUAAACUUGGCACUUACAAUGGGUUGUAUUUGCCAGGACAGAAAUAUUUUUCACUGCUUUGUUGAAAGGAAAACAAAAAAAGAAUCCCGAGGUUUCCCACUGGCCAAACGCGGAAAAAUAUAUAUAUAUUUGUAAACAAUUAUAUUUUAUAAUGGACAAGGUUUGGGGAAAAAGAAAACAGGCUGGGGGUUUCACAGCCAGCAACUGAAGGAGGAGGGGGAGAAAAUACCACUAAAAUGGCUAUAAGAUACUUUUUAAAAAAAAUAAAAUAAUGGAUUUCGUUUAAAAGAGUUUUAAACAAAGCCACACGUUGAACCUUUCUGAAUUUUUUAGCCAUUACGAACACAAGGAAACACUGGAAGUUAUGGGGUUUUUUUUCCGGGUUUUUUUCUCAGUAGAUUGAGACACGGCACAGUUCCUCCGGAGACCUAGAGUUUAUAGGAACAGAUCGUUCGAGAUAUAUAGAUAUAUAUUUCCUUUCUCUCUAGUGUUUCGAGAAUUUGUGAGACCAUCUUUCUGUAGCUUUAUGUAUAACCUGCAUAAAACGAAGGCCUCCGUCACUCCAUUCUGGGUUGUUCUACUUAGCAGAACCAGUUGCUGUUCUGAGCAAGUCAUCUUAAAAGGAAAAAAAAAGUGAGACCCAAGUUUUUUUUUGGAGGUGGGGGGGAAACAAAAUGGAGAAAUCAAAAGUCCAGUAGUGUUCUGUAUUCGAAAUACAGAUGUGGCCAGGUUGAUCCCAUCGUACAUGAAUUCCAUGUGGCAUUCUGAACCAAAUUGCUCUUUGAAAGUUACACGGAUAAAUUUGGGGGAAUUUUUUUUGUUGUCAUUUCUCCCGUAUCACAAGAUUAUUUAAUGAAGGUUUUUUUUUUAAAGGAAAAAAAAAAAGGCUUGAGAAAAAUAAUGUAAACGCAACUGAUUGGAACAUGAAUUAAGGCUAUGAAAUUCUUUAGCUUACACUUUGGACGUUUUGAUUUCUUUUACUGUUCUGAAACAAAACUGAUCAAGGCAACUAUGCACUCUGGGUGGGUGAAGAGCGACAAUAUGGCAUAUAAACUUGUCUAAUUUGUUCGGGCACUUUUGUGGGUCAAGUGGUAAUGUUGUGCAUUUGGGACCAAGCAGUUGUCAAUAAAAAUUUCAAGCAAGUAAA